ACCUACCGGCCGCACGUCUACUUCGGCAUGAAGGCGCGCGCGCCGCGCGCACUCGUCACCGGGCUGAUGUGGCUGCAGCAGCGCGAGGCGGCGGGCGCGCUGCGGCACACGUGCGAGCAGGGCGAGGGGCAGCCGCGCUACGGCUGGCUGCAGCACGACGGCGACGCCUUCGGCGCGCAGGAGAUCCGCGAGCGCGGGCUGCUGCUGCGCACUGAGUUCCUCAAGAGGCCGGGCGGCGAGCACGGCGGCGACUGGAGCUGGCGCAUCACGGCCCUCCCCGACCCCGGCACCGGCACCGACACGGACGCCCUGCUCUCGCUCUUCUUCUACGUGGCCACGGACGGGCAGGGGACACUGCAGCCGCACGUGGAGGACGGCGCACGGCUGGCGAGCGUGACGGGCAGCACUGAGGAGCUGGGCAGCUUCAACAUCUCCUUCCUGAAGCCCACCACGGAGACCGGAGCGGAGCCCAAAUACGCCAGCUACCACUACCUGGACGCGGCGAGCCCGGGGCUGCACCUGCUCACCGAGCUGGUGCGCGGCAGCCUGAGCAACGCCGAGCUGGCCGCGCACGCCGCCGCCUUCGAGCGCCGCUUCGAGGACACCUUCGGGCUGGCGCGCAAGGGCUUCGCGCCGGCGCAGCAGCGCUUCGCGCAGGCCGCGCUCAGCAACCUGCUGGGCGGCGUGGGCUACUUCCACGGGCGCUCGGUGCUGCAGGCGGAGCACGCGGAGGAGCCCGUGCUGUCGGCCGAGGCCGAGCUCCUCACGGCCGUGCCCUCCCGCUCCUUCUUCCCGCGCGGCUUCCUCUGGGACGAGGGCUUCCACCAGCUGCUGGUGGCGCGCUGGGACGCGGCGCUGAGCCGCGACGUGCUGGCGCACUGGCUGGACCUCAUGACGGCCGAGGGCUGGAUCCCGCGCGAGCAGAUCCUGGGCGAGGAGGCGCGCGCCCGCGUGCCGCCCGAGUUCGUGGUGCAGCGCAGCGGCAGCGCCAACCCGCCCACGCUCUUCCUGGCGCUGCAGCAGCUGCUGGCGGCGGACGCGGCGCCGCUGCCCUACCUGCAGCGCCUCUACCCGCGCCUGCGCGCCUGGUUCCACUGGCUCAACAGCACGCAGGCGGGCGCGCUGCCCACGGCGUUCCGGUGGCGCGGGCGCGACGCGCCGCACGAGCGCCUGCUCAACCCCAAGACGCUGCCGUCGGGGCUGGACGACUACCCGCGCGCCUCGCACCCCUCGGCCGACGAGCGGCACCUGGACCUGCGCUGCUGGAUGGCGCUGGCCGCGCGCGUCAUGGGCGACGUGGCCGAGCGGCUGGGCGAGCCGGCCGAGCCGUACCGCCACACGCAGCGGCAGCUCGGCGACAACGCGCUGCUCGAGCGCCUGCACUGGGCCGAGCGCCUCGGCGCCUUCGCCGACUACGGCAACCACAGCGAGGCCGUGGCGCUGGAGCGGCGCCCGGCGCGCGCCGACCCGGCGGCGCCGCCACAGCUGGUGCGCGUGGUGCGGCGGGCGCCGCGGCCGCAGUUCGUGGACGCGCUGGGCUACGUGAGCCUCUUCCCGCUGCUGCUGCAGCUGCUGCAGCCCGACUCGCCGCGGCUGCCGCUGCUGCUGGACGCGCUGCGCAGCGAGCAGCACCUGUGGACGCCGUUCGGGCUGCGCUCGCUGUCGCGCGCCAGCCCGCUCUACAUGCAGCGCAACACGGAGCACGACCCGCCGUACUGGCGCGGGCCCGUCUGGGUGAACGUCAACUACCUGGCGCUGCGCGCGCUGCAGCACUACGCGGCGCAGGCCGGGCCGCAGCGCGCGCGCGCCGCCCGCCUCUACGCCGAGCUGCGCGACAACCUCGUGGGCAACCUGUUCCGGCAGUACCGCGACAGCGGCUACCUGUGGGAGCACUACAGCGACAGCACGGGCCGCGGCCAGGGCAGCCACCCCUUCACGGGCUGGUCCGCGCUCGUCGUGCUCGCCAUGGCCGAGCAGUACUAGCGCGCGGGGCUGCAAUAAACGGGGCUGCUUUG